AAUCUGGUAUUUUUAUUUAACACGGCCGCACAGCUGGACACCCGCAUCUUCCACGAGUGCACGCAGAAGGACAAGGCGCUGUACGAGCGCCUGGUGCCGCGUGUCAAGGGUCUGCGCAAGUUCAGCCCCAUUCAGCUGCGUCGCCUGCAGCGUCUGGGCAUUGAGAAGACCGAUCCGGAUGCACUGACAGAGCAGGAGUACGGCGCCUUUGCCCGCCUGGACAUCGAUCCCGAGACGAUCAUGUGGGAGCGCGUGGUGGACAUCAACGAUCGCUACCUGCGCGCCAUCACGGUGGGCCAGUCGCCCACGGAGAAGGGCAUAACGGGCGAUCUUCCCGUUUGCAUGUCUAAGACCUCGGGCUCCCUGAGUGGUGACGCCAAAAUCAAGGGCGCACCCAAGGGCUUUACACUGGACGUCGAGGAUGUCUAUGUCUCGGCCGGAGCUGGUUUUGUGGUGGCCAUGUGCGGGGAGAUUACCAAAAUGCCAGGACUAUCCACGCGCCCGGCCAUCUACGACAUUGAUCUGAACACGGAGACGGGCCAAAUCGAGGGUCUGUUCUAGGCAAGAACUCUGCCAAAAUCCAAGACCAAGGACGUACCACUCCUCACUGCUUGUUUUGCAUUUAAAUGUAUAAAUUCAAAGUUUUUAACCCGUAAAAUAUUAAGAUUCCAAUUUAAAAGCA